AUGGCCUCAUGCAACAACGGACCCCAAACCUCGACCACGCAUACAGAAGGCACGAACAUGCCUACUCCCACUGGUCGCAUCCUGGUCUUUGAUGCGCGUGCGGGGAAAGGGUUCAGCUCCGCCGAGGUGACUGAGGAUGAAUCACAGGCGGUCCAAGACACAUCCAUUAUCUUCGUUGCCGACAAGCUAGUCCACGAUGGCUGGGGUGGCGGCAAUGAGACAGUCCAGCAACCCUGUCUACUGACGACUGAAGUGCCGUCCAUCUUGGCCAAGGUCCAAGCCAGCGGCAAUACAGAGCAGAAAUCAUCGGUGGUCUACAUCAGCUACCAUCCCACGCUCAGCGACACCAAGGCGGGGAGACUCGAGAUCCCCAUCCCUACCGAGCUCAUCAACGCCCUCCCCUGUGCGGCAGACAGCAUGUUGGUCUUCCACGUUGAGGGCGGUCACGGGGCGCCAAGCUACAAUACCGUCAAGGUCUCGGCGAACCAUUCAUCCGUCAUGCUGAUCACGGACCCAGGCAGCAACAGGGACAGGUGCGACCUCCUUUUCAAGUUCAAGGGCGGCCCAAAGAACCUGAUCCAUGCGUACAGCGCCGGCGCCGAGCCUUCCAUGAACUCACGCAUCAACCACGACAUCGUUGAUCUCCUUGCACAGGCUUCUGAUGCUGAGCAGAAUGUCACCGUGGUGCUCGGUCGCUCCUCCAAUGGCGCUGAUGCGUCCGCCGACACCGAAGAGGCAAAGAUCGACGAGAUUACCGAGAAGGUCAAAGACUUCUUCAAUGACCGACACUACGGGAUCACCUUCAAGGAUGUCAGUCGCCGAUUCACAGUGUGCUACGCGGACGAGUCUCACCCGACGUUCGGGCGUGCUUUGCGCGCUCAUCGAGAGGCUCAAGAUUUUGUGCGAGCGGAAAGGGCCUCUUCGUCGUCGGCUGCUUGA